AUGGAAGAAAAAAAAUACAUUAAACGUAAGGAAAAAGCCGCAAAUGAUGGAAAUCUUGAACAAUUGGCAGUCAGUUGCAAUAAUUUAGGUGAUUUCUAUAAUCAACAUGGCAAGUAUCAACAGGCCGCACAAGAGUAUCAGCAAGAAGCGGAGCUGUAUGAGCGGCUACAUAAAAAACUCGAAAUGGCAAAGGCACAUCGUAUGAUCGGUGAAAUGUGUAUGCUAUUAAGCGAAUUUGAUAACGCUAAGCAACAUAUAAACACAUAUUUAAAAAUUGUUAAAAAUUUACACAACAAAGUAGAGGAACAACGUGCGUAUGCCACAUUAGGCAGAGCAGAGUUACUUUAUGGACAAAGUCUUAGUGAAACUUCAUCAAAAGGUGGUAUGGACCAAUUGAAACAAGCUGAAAAAGCAUUUCUAAAAAGCUUGCUUCUUACUAAAGAACUAUCUGGUCAGAUAACGAAAUUAGAACAGUUGGAUAUGCAGGCUCGUUGUUACUUGAAUAUUGGCGUUGUUAAGGAACAUAUGGAAGAUUUUGAAGAAUCUAUAACUUAUAUAGAAAAAGCUAUCAAAAUCAGCGUAUCAAAUGACAUUUUCGAAUUGACACAUUUAUGUUAUAUAUCGAUGAGCUUGCUUUAUUUUUAUAAAAAGAAUGACGCGACGUUAGCGUUGCGCUAUUGUAAUUUGGCACUCGAUAUUGCAAAACGACUACCGAAUAAAGUUAAAAGAAUAUGUGAAACGUUGAUUACGAAAUCGGAAAUAUUAAUUAAAGAAGGUGAUUUUGCAAGCGCAAAACAAAUAUUGACAAAAGCCUACAAGAAAAAUACGCCUGAUGAAAAUGAUCGUAAUACUAUCGAAAAAUCUUUACGAGUUGGUGAGUUAAAUUUUUUAUUAGAUAAAAAAUAUACGGAUAAAGAACUGAAACAACAACAACAACAACAAAAAUGUAUAAUAGAUGAAAGCUGUCGAAACCACAAAAAGUUAAACACAAAUGUUGCAAACGCUAAUGCUGAUGCUGAUGCUGAUGCUGAUGAUGAAAGAUAUCCUGUCAACAACAAAACAGUUGGAUAG